AUGGCUAUCCAUAAGGACAUAAGAACCCGUACGUUGCAGCUUGCAAUCCCAUUGGUACAAGGCUUGCAACGAAGAGUAACGAGCCUUGAACGAGCAGUGGCAGUGUUGAAAGCGGCUCCAAUGGGAAAAAUUCGUAUUGGAGUGGCAAAGCCGAUACCAAUUGAUCAGUGCCGUAGCUCUGCUCAUUCGCCCAUUUUCACACGUAGUGAACGCCUUCUUGCCCGAGGAAGUAGCCCACGCGGACGAAGGCGUCAAGUAAGGAAUUAA